AUGCAGUCAAACCAAAGGCACAAGGCUCUUGCGCCCAAAUUGAGCCUCGUCACGUCCCUUGCGUCGCGGCCUAGGAACGAGGUUCCGCACUCAACCACCACUAGCCCUCUGGCCAAGCCACUCAUUUCCACGGAUCCAAACGCCCAAAGGCCAGAGUUGCACUCGCUGAGCACGUCCCCGAAGCUGACUGUGACCCGCAACGUCAAUGCUUCGUUUUUAGAUGACCCGACGCCAAUCGAACCCGACAUGGCCGACCAACACGCGUCUAGAGGCAGAGGUAGAGUCCGGGACUCUCACGACCUCUCGCUGUCCCCCCGCAACGUCACCCGGGACUCGCUUGUGAAUAACAUGCUCCUGUCCCUCGACCAGUUCUCAUUGGGACACACCACAUCCACAUCCACAGGCGGCUUGUUUGGCGGCACGGCGCUGACAUACGACGACCCGCGGCCCUGGGCCCACGACACCAACACCUUUUCCCGCGGAUUCCCACCACCAUCGAGGCACAAGUACUCGUACAGCUCCGAUUACGAAGACGACUCGAACCGAACCUCGGUCCAGCUACCCAGACCACGGAGCCGGAGUCCUCCUCGACCAAGGAGCAACAGCAGUUCGACCUUCCAGGCGCCCUAUCCCAGGGUUAACGGCCCAGGAGAUCCCACGCAACGCUCUCGACCCCGAGCCGGCACAAAGGACAGCACCAGCAGCGCCAGUAUCGACGCAGGUUACCCUCAGAACAUUGCUGGGCCUCCCAGCUGGGCCCGUAGCGGCUUCAGGCGCUCGGCGAGCUUUGAUCUCGGGCCGCCGCAGAUGCAAACGCAGCUCAAUGCGUCAUUGAUGUCCCCGUUCCACCUCGACUUCCCGAACAACUCUGUAUCUGACGACUACGGUUCCGCACCAACGCCCACAAUCCCUGGGGGACCACGACGUGUAUCGUCCAGCUUGGCUCUUCCUCGCCCACCACCCGACCCAUCUGAUUUUCCGGGCCUGGAACGCAACCGUAGCCCGACUCGUUCCGUCAAAAGCUCUUCGGGACGCACCAAACGGCCGGUAAACCAGCAAUUGGUAGCACCUGCCAUGGCAUUAAGCGACUUCGAUGCCGCCCCGGCACCUAGCGUUAGCUAUGGCAAGUCUAAAACGGAUCAGCUUGCUGCCUCUCAGACUGCUGGAGGACUUUCCCAGCCAAAAGAGAAGCCAGGUUUCUUCAGGCGUGUUUUCGGCUCCGUUAAGAAUACAGCACCCGUCGUUGCGGAUGCUCCGACUCCACGCUUCAUCGGCCAAGUGAGCAACGCGGCCGCCCCUAUCCAGAAAGAGACUUUGCCGCAGCCGCCGCCGCCGCAGCAGCAGCAAUCUACCCCUGUAUUACAGAAGAAGCCAUCGUCCUUCUUCCGUCGCCGGAAGAAGUCAGUUGUUGAUGAGGCGCCGCCACUGCCGGGUGAAGUGCCUCCGCUUCCCUCCUUCGAUGCUAACCUUCAUGCCGAUUUCGACCGACCCCCAGCAAGUCCUGCUAGUAGCCUAAGGCAAAUCAUGAAUCCAUACCUGCGAGAGAGCACAGCGCAUCCUCUUGGCGAUAUUACCAACAAAGCUGCCAGAGGAGUUGACGAUGACGAUGAUGACGACCGAGCAGAUUUCCAGCGAGACUUCUCACCUGACUAUGAACCAAGCCCCAAUGCAAAGAUAAGAGCGGUCCAUUCUGAUUCUGACCGAGAUCAGUCAUCCUCUGAUGGUCCCAAACGCCCUCAGAAUGGACUUGAACACAGGAACAAUUCUUUCUUGGAUCUUGACGGUGGCAGUGAUAACGAGGACUCUCCCGUUCGACAGCGGGCUACAUAUUCAGCAGAUGAUAAGGAGAAUGAUGGAAUAUCUACAUACAAGAACAGGGACUCUACGGGCACCAUUCGCGCCAAGAAAUCGCCGUAUAUUGCGGAACAAGAAAAAUCAAAUGACGCACCUGUUCGUCCUAAGGUCACAAUACCGACUGAUCGCCGGUCGACUUCCUUUGCCUCGGCAUCGACUGAUGACGGUGACUAUAAAACCGCACCCAGUGCACCGCCUAGCGUCCGCGUCGAAAGAUCGAGCGAGUCAAGUGCCAGAGGAAUGGGAACGCUUGAUAUGCUCAAGAGUCGCUUGGAUGAACCCGAAUUCGUUAUUGGCGAGCCUACCGAAGAUGAUCGACAGAAGGCGCAAAAGAUAUUUGAUGGAGUUGAAGACUUCAUCCCCAAGGAGAAGGCUGCUUCUUGGAUGGGCGAAGAAGGCCCUAUUCGCCAGCGGACUCUGCAGGCGUAUAUUGAGCUGUAUGACUUCACAGACCUGAGCAUUCUCAAUGCGCUACGUAAAGUGUGUGGCCGUUUGAUACUGCGCGGUGAGACACAGCAAGUCGAUCGCAUCUUGGUGGCCUUUUCCAAGCGAUGGUGUGAUUGCAAUCCGAACCACGGCUUUAAAGCGACUGACGUCAUCCACACUAUUUGCUACUCUAUUAUGCUUCUCAAUACUGAUCUGCAUCUUGCUGAUAUUGAGCAAAAGAUGACUCGCAGCCAAUUCGUGAAGAAUACUCUGACAACAAUUACCCAAGCUGUUGAAGAAUCUGUCCCUGAUGCCUUUGAGCGCCCCAGUAUUCUGCCCGACAAGGGCUCCGUGCUCCAUGAGGGAGCGCGGCCAGCAGCUGAGCCGCAGGAGCGGAAAACUUUCCGGAAUUCAUUCAGACCUCCCCCUCGCACCGAUACGCAGCUGGGAGAUGCCCACGACGAGUGUGGACCGCUUGUUAAGACGUCCUUCUAUGGUCCAAUGAAAGCUUGGGAGGAGCAAAUUGAGAUAGUUUUGAAGAGCAUUUAUAACUCGAUUCGAGAUGAUAAACUGCCAUUGUUUGGUGCGGAGCCAGAGAGGCAUCUCAACACCAUGCCAUCACAAAGCAGUCUGUCCGUCAUGGGAAUGCUCAAGAGGAGCCCUAAUAACAGCCGUAACGGAGGCUCGCGAUGGGCCUCCAAGAGCCGAUCACGGCCUGGACUUGGACGUAAUGGAUUCAACUCUAGCCGAACCAGCUUCGACGACUCAAAUUCUCUCUGGAGCCCAGCCAUGUCAUCGGCGACCUGGAGCCGCUACUCGCUGGGGAGAACCCAAGGCUCCAUGUCUCAGGAUUCGUUUGGCUCGGCCAUGCCCCGAGGUGAUUAUCAGCAAUCUAUUGGGUUUGCAAAUGCUCUCAGCCAGGCCAUUGUCCGUGACGACGAUGCGCACGGCAAUGAUGGCAUGUCCAUCAUGAGCGCCGAAGUACCUGCCACUCAACUGCUGGACGACGAAUCCCUAGAAUUGGCCGGCCCUCCCUGGAUUAAAGAAGGCAGAGUCAUGCACAAGCAUCAUUUGGAUGGCGUUGGCAAGAGGGCAAAUGACCGGAAAUGGACCGAAGUCUUUGCCGUCAUCCAAAGGGGUCAGAUGAGCAUCUUCUCGUUCAAUGCACCCAAGUCAACGCGGCAAAAGAGCCGCACAAGGAAUGCUGAAAAAGUCAACGCUCCUGUGGGAGGUGGUAACUGGCAGGACAAUGCUGUAAACCUGGGCACGUUUAACUUGCGACUGACCCUCGCGUCAGCACUCCCAUCUCCCGGCUAUUCGCGGUCAAGGCCGUACGUGUGGGCACUAAGCUUGCCCACGGGAGCUGUUCAUCUAUUCCAGGUCGGAACUCCUGAGAUUAUAAAGGAAUUUGUGAAUACGGCCAAUUACUGGAGCGCGCGGCUGAGCACGCAUCCGCUCAUCGGUGGCAUAAGCAACAUCGAAUACGGAUGGAGUGACAGUGUUGUCAACAACUCGCUCGUUAAUGCCAUCAAUGACAAUGCUUCCAUCAUGAGCGGCGGCCGGAACUCACGCCCUGGUAGCCGAGCUACCCAUGGUCGGCAAAACAGCGUUCAGAGUGUCAACCUGCCUUCUUCCAGCAUGGACCAUGGUUCUGGAGCCUUCACUAGUGGACGAGGAAAACUACCGGGGGAUCGUAUCACCAUUUCCGAGUGGGCGCCACCAACACAGAGCAUGCGGCCGAGCAACUUACCGGAACCGGAGCAGCUAGAGACACUCUCAACAUAUGUCAAGAGCAUCGAAGAAGAUUUACAAAACCACAACCAACUUCGCAGCCCUAUGCUCCUUGCCUUCACUCCCAGAGGCAACAACGCGAACAAGGCCAUGGCGAACUGGGAACGCAAGAGCGCAUACUUGCUUAGGGAGAUUGUCAAGUUCAGAACCUAUGUGGAUAGUCUGCAGCAAUCGGAGAGCAGGAGGCGGGAGAUUUAUAAAGAGCGGGACUUGGCUCGACGAGCGGCCAGAGGUGAACUUAGUGACGGCGAUAUGGACGUCAGCGACGAAGAUGGUGAUGAGACACUGCGACCUUGA